UCUUUACUCAAAUUCAAAAUGCACUGUUAAACAAAGCAAGAACCGAUUUUUUCAAGUACUCCAAAGGUGUACAACAGGGAUGUAUACUGAGUCCUCUUCUUUUCAACAUUGAUAUAAAUGAGUUAGCUACUUUGUUUGACAAUACAAGCUAUGAUCCGUUUAUACUUCCAAAUGGAACAAAACUGAGCUGUCUUUUAUAUGCUGAUGAUCUAAUCAUACUAUCUAGAUCAAAGUUCGGUCUCCAGAAAUGUCUGGAUGACCUCCAUAGCUGGAGCAAUAAAUGGCUUAUGGAGGUGAAUUUAAAGAAAACACAAGUUAUGAUAUUUGAGAAAACAAAUUCUAAAAAAGCGAAACCAAUUUUUAAUCUCGGAAAGAAAGAUAUAACUAUUGGAAAAGAAUACUGUUAUUUAGGCAUUAAGAUGAACAACAAUGGUAAUUUCACCCCAGCUCUUAAACAGUUGAGUGAAAAAGCCCUCCACGCAGUAUACAGUAUGAGAAGACGACUGAAUAUACACCGACUUAACCCAAAAUCUGCUAUUAAAUUUUUCGAUCGAAUUACAAGCCCCAUCCUUCUUUAGAACUCUGAAGUAUGGGGUGCAUAUGUAAAAAAUGAUUUUAACAAUUGGGACAAGUUACCUAUUGAAAAAGUCCACCUUAGAUUCUGCAAACUAUAUCUAGGUGUGGGUAAAAAAGCUAGCAAUAUCGCCGCAAGAGGUGAACUCGGAAAAUUCCCUCUAAUUAUUAAUAUCUUCAAAAGACUUUUCAAGUACAUCACUCAUUUGAACUCUUUAUCAGAAUCAGCCAUUGCCAAACAAGCUUUCCUAAUCUCAAAAGAUUUGUUUACUAAACAGAACACUUCUUAUUAUGGAAAAGCAAUGGAUAUUUUGAAAGCAUCUAACCUCAACACAGAAAUCACUGACUUGGAAUCAAUGACAACUGAACUUAUUCAACCUAUUACCAAACGUCUUAAAGAAAAUUACCUCACAUUUUGGAAACACAAACUUGAAAAUUCCUCGAAACUAAUCUUUUAUUCGACCAUCAAGAUCGAUUACGAACUAGAAAAGUACUUAUCUAUAAUAAAAGAUUCAAACAAAAGAAAAACCUUAACACGAUUCAGAUUAAGCAACCAUAGCCUUCAGAUUGAAACUGGUAGAUACCAUAAUAUAGCCCGAGAAGAACGACUGUGUCAACUUUGUCACUCGGGAGAAGUCGAAAAUGAAUCUCACCUCCUCCUCACUUGCGAAGCUUAUGGUGACAUUCGAGUAAACUUUAUAAACAGUCUAAAAAAUGAUCUCACUACUACUGAGAUAAACGUAAACGAACCAACUUUAUCAGUUGACAUAAUGAAGUCAACUGCUAGUGACACCAUCCUGAAAUUAUCGAAAUUUAUUUUUUCAUGUUUUGAGGAAAGACUUAAACAACUUGAAGCCGGGAAUGCUGGUAGUCAUUAA